CCGAGGCCUUCAGCACCUCACUCUGGUGUCCCCAACCCGGUUCCUGCCCAACCUGUCUACCAGCCACCAGGCCUCCAUGCCCCCUAACCCAGCCGGCAUCCCAGGGCCCAGUUCAGCCAACUUUGAACAGCUGGGCCGACCUAAGCCUACAUCCUCAGGAAGGGCUCCCUGUAUCUUCUGUGGCUUCCAGCCACUGAAUAGAUAUCGAGAUGAAGGGUUCCAUGAAAACUUCUUCCUGUGUACACUUACGCCCUACGGAUCUCUCUCCCCACCAUCCUUUAUAGACAAGCAGGCUGAUGUAGAGAUACCACCCCCUACACCCAAGGAGCAGGAGAAACAGCUUCAGCAACGGCCACAGAGGCAGCCCAUGUCCCAGAUCAGUGGGGUCAAAAAGCUCACACAUAGCUCCAGUCUCAGCAACUCUGGCAUCCCCCGAUUUGGGGUCAAGACUGACCAGGAGGAGCUGCUGGGCAAGGAGCUGGAAAACCUGAACAAGUGGGGCCUUAACAUCUUCCGAGUAUCUGAGUUCUCCAAUGGCCGAUCGCUAGGAUGUAUCAUGUAUACCAUAUUCCAGGAGAGGGACCUGCUGAAGACAUUCCAGAUCCCAGUGGAUACCCUGGUUACCUACAUGCUGACUCUGGAGGACCACUAUCAUGCCGAUGUGGCCUAUCACAAUAGCUUGCAUGCCGCUGAUGUGCUGCAAUCCACACAUGUGCUUCUGGCCACACCAGCACUAGAUGCUGUGUUCACAGACCUGGAAAUCCUAGCUGCUUUGUUUGCUGCAGCCAUCCACGACGUUGACCACCCAGGGGUCUCUAACCAGUUCCUCAUCAAUACUAACUCAGAGCUAGCCCUGAUGUACAAUGAUGAGUCUGUGUUAGAGAAUCAUCACCUGGCUGUGGGUUUCAAGCUGCUACAGGAGGAGAAUUGUGACAUCUUCCAGAACCUGAACAAGAGGCAGAGGCAGAGUCUUCGUAGGAUGGUCAUUGACAUGGUGCUGGCCACAGAUAUGUCCAAACACAUGAGCCUUCUGGCUGACCUCAAGACCAUGGUGGAAACUAAGAAAGUGACAAGCUCAGGGGUCCUGUUGUUGGACAAUUAUACGGACCGAAUCCAGGUCCUUCGGAACAUGGUGCACUGUGCCGACCUCAGCAACCCGACAAAGCCACUGGCACUGUACAGGCAAUGGACUGACCGUAUCAUGGAAGAGUUCUUCCACCAGGGAGACAAGGAGCGGGAGAGAGGCAUGGAGAUUAGCCCCAUGUGUGACAAGCACACAGCAUCUGUGGAAAAAUCACAGGUGGGCUUCAUCGACUACAUUGUGCAUCCGCUAUGGGAGACGUGGGCAGACCUGGUUCACCCCGACGCUCAGGAGAUUCUGGACAUGCUGGAGGACAAUCGGGACUGGUACCACAGUGCCAUCCCCCAGAGCCCCUCACCACCCCCCGAAGAGCCACCUGGCCUGAGCCAGGACAAGUUCCAGUUUGAGUUGAUCCACGAGGAGGACACGGCAACCACGAAGAUAGCUACGCUCCAAGAGGAAAAGGACGAGCCAGCCCCCGAGGUGGGGCGGGUAGGCCCAGGCCACAGCCCGGAAGAGGGCAGCCUGCCCGCCCCGAUCUCUACAAGGCCCCUGAGCCCAUCUGGAGCCGAAGCUACUUAUCAGAGCUGUGGAAGUCCAGACGUGGCGGAGCAGGAAAAGCAGCACACCCAGGAGACCCUGGCCCCCGAAGAGGUGCAGAUACGGCUAGCCUCGCCUCCCGAGGAGCCGGAAGCGAGCGAGGCCGCGGCCGAGACCAAGGCCGAAACCCCCUCUCUGGCCGAGGAAGAAGUACCAGAGGAGGCCCAGGCCCUGUCCAGUCCAGGGGACCUCGAGUGUCCAUCCUGAGCUUCAUCCCCCCGUCCCUGAUUUCUCCCCAGCCCUGGACUCCUCCAUCUCCACCAACCACCUCAACCUUUCUCCGGCAGCAGCAGCAGCAGCUGCAGCAGCAGCAUCGGCAGUGGCAGCAGUGGCGGCGGUGGCGGCAACGACAGCAGCAGCAGCGACAGCAGCAGCAGCAAC